GCCCCCCGCUGCCCGCCCGUGCGUCCGAGCGGCCGCAGCCCUCCGCCGAGGGCGCCCCGGGAUGGAAGGGUCCAGCAGCCUGCCGGCGCCCGCCGCGCUCGUGGUCGCCGUCGCCGUGGUCGUCGUGGUCGUGUCCGCCGUCGCCUGGGCCAUGGCCAAUUACAUCCACGUCCCGCCCGGCUCGCCCGAGGUUCCGAAGCUCGACGUGACGGUGCAGGACCAGGAGGAGCAGCGCUGCCGCGACGGCGCCCUGAGCCUGCUGCGGCACCUGCGGCCGCACUGGGACCCCCGCGAGGUGACCCUGCAGCUCUUCACAGAUGGGAUCACAAAUAAGCUCAUUGCCUGCUACGUGGGUGACACCAUGGAAGAUGUGGUUCUGGUGAGGAUUUACGGCAACAAGACUGAGCUGCUAGUCGACCGCGAUGAAGAAGUGAAAAGUUUCCGCGUGCUGCAGGCUCACGGCUGUGCUCCUCAGCUCUACUGUACCUUUAAUAAUGGACUGUGCUAUGAGUUCAUACAAGGCGAAGCUUUGGACCCACAGCAUGUCUGCAACCCAGCUAUUUUCAGGCUAAUAGCUCGUCAGCUUGCUAAAAUCCAUGCUAUCCAUGCACACAAUGGCUGGAUCCCCAAAUCUAACCUAUGGCUUAAGAUGGGAAAAUACUUCUCCCUCAUUCCCACAGGAUUUGCUGAUGAAGAUAUUAAUAAAAGGUUCCUAAGUGAUAUCCCGAGCCCUCAGCUUCUUCAGGCGGAAAUGACCUGGAUGAAGGAGAUUCUGUCCAACCUGGGCUCACCUGUGGUGCUUUGCCACAAUGACCUGCUGUGUAAGAAUAUAAUCUACAACGAGAAACAAGGUGAUGUACAGUUUAUUGAUUAUGAGUAUUCUGGAUACAACUACCUGGCAUAUGAUAUUGGAAAUCAUUUCAAUGAAUUUGCAGGUGUCAGUGACGUAGACUACAGUCUCUAUCCAGACAGAGACCUCCAGGGCCAGUGGCUGCGCGCGUACCUUGAAGCCUACAAGGAGUACAAAGGCUUCGGCAGUGAAGUCACUGAAAAGGAAGUAGAGACACUCUUCAUUCAAGUCAAUCAAUUUGCAUUGGCUUCUCAUUUCUUCUGGGGACUCUGGGCUUUGAUCCAAGCCAAGUACUCCACAAUUGAGUUUGAUUUCCUUGGGUAUGCUGUUGUUCGCUUUAACCAGUACUUUAAAAUGAAGCCCGAGGUCACAGCGCUAAAGAUGCCUGAGUAAAGAAGACACCUCAUUGUUCUCCAGGAGCUGAGCACUGCUUGUGGAUGUUUCCGAAGAAAUUCCGAAAGCCAAUAUUUGUUAACACUCAUUUAAUUUGGUUAUCUUGCUUUACAAAUUAUGCCUCUAAACAGCCAAUCUAUUUUUAAAUAGAAUGAUGUUAAAAAUAUGGUUACUGUUGUCAGUAUGUGACGGGCUAGAGAUUUGUCCAUCAGUGGAAAGAGUCCAGUUGGCUUUAGCCUUUGGCAGCACAGUCCGUGUUACAUGUGAUUAUUUGUUAAAGAUUUGACAUGACUGACUACUUUUCAUCUUUAAUUUGUUGGUUCAGUGUAUGAAAUGAGAUGUUGUAGAGAUCUUUUAAAAGUUUUGUUAUAGGGUUAAUUUUAGAAAAACAUUCUUGUUUGGUGUGACCUUUGUAAAAUGAAUCAUUUACUCUUGACAUGGCAGUCACUGCCUUCGUAGUAACUUAGGGUGUUCUAGACUUUUCUAGAUAAGUGCCCAAUGAAGAGGGAGCAAGGCAGUUACUGUCUCUAGGGGUAUACUUUCUUGAAUUGGAAAUUGGAAAUAAUUUCUCUGAAGAAUACAACUUAGAGUUAAAUUGUCUCUUUAUAUAGCCUGACAAUAUAAAAUAUAUUUACUGUAUAAUCCUGGAAUAUAAGUAUAACAAUUUAAUGUUAAAAUGUGUAUUAAGUCAUGUUUUAAAAUACUAGAUAUGGUCAUUUAAGGUAAUAGUCCCAGUUUUUAGAAUUUACCUAUCAAAUUGUUUCUAACCAAAAAUUUUGUUUAACUUGAUUCUUUUUUUGUUUAUUUAGUAGUAACUGAUAUUGUUCAUAUUUGAAACAAACAUACAGAGUUCAUCAUACUUGGAAGCAAGGAAUAUCAUUUAGAUUCUUUCUAUUCAGAUUCAUUCCUUAGGUUUGUUUUGUGUCUGUAGAGUCAGCAAAUGGUUGCUUAUACAUGUAAUUUCAGAGUAAUAUUGUUAAAGCAGUUAGAAGAACCAGUAAGGAACAUUUAGGUAGGUCAUUGAGCUUGAAUACUUAAAAUCUUAACAAAUAAGGAAAUGUGAAUUAAAUAAGUAGUCUUGGUAGGAGGACUUGUUUUAUCUUGUUUUUGUUAGUCUAGUUUUUAUUUUUAUAUAGGUGUGAGAGGGAAGCAAUUAUUAUAUGGAAGGAAGUUAGGUCUUUGAGGUAGACCAGAAGGCUUUAAUCUUUGAAGACUGUGGACUUGAACAGUCACAGCUAACUUAACUUAGCUUAGUCAGACAGGCUUUGCACUUUGGUCACAUAAGUGCUUUUGUACUAAGUUGGCUCCAUGGAUCUGCAUAUUUAAAGUCUGCAGUACAGAUCUAUCCUAAGACAUUGUCUGGUAUAUUGUUCCACAUGACUUCUGUUCUCAGACAAGUGCUUUAAAAUACUUGGAUUGUCUCAACGUGUUCAAAGCUAAUAAAGUAAGUAGAAACACUUACAGGCCAUGGCCAUUUGAGAUGGUAAAUUCUAGCCACGUAAAUAGACUCCUAAGUAUGUGUCUCUAACAGUGUUAGACCUGGAUUUGGUUUCUACCUCCCUAAUGUUGUAAAGUUCACUUUCGUUUUUAUGAAUCACAUUACUGUAAGAUCAUUACAAUUCUGCCGACUUGUUUGAAUGAAAACAAAUAAUGACUAGCUCUUUUCAAUGUUAAAGCAAACCUACAAAAAACUGGCUUAGUGGAAUUUUCAUUUGUGAUUGGAACAUUGUCAUAGAAUGAUAAAAAUGUGAGCCUCCUGA